AUGUCUUCCUUUCACGUUCCUUCCAGUAAUGUUGAAGGCAGCUCCAACGUCACUCGUCCUCACGUUCCUUCCAGUAAUGAUGAAGGCAGCUCCAACGUCACUCGUCCUCACGUUCCUUCCAGUAAUGAUGAAGGCAGCUCCAACGUCACUCGUCCUCACGUUCCUUCCAGUAUUGAUGAAGGCAGCUCCAACGUCACUCGUCCUCACGUUCCUUCCAGUAAUGAUGAAGGCAGCUCCAACGUCACUCGUCCUCACGUUCCUUCCAGUAAUGAUGAAGGCAGCUCCAACGUCACUCGUCCUCACGUUCCUUCCAGUAAUGAUGAAGGCAGCUCCAACGUCACUCGUCCUUCAGGCGCAGCUAAAUUGUACAAAUAG